AUGAUUACUCCUUGUUCAACAAAAGUUCUGUUAUUUCAGGCCACAAAGCUUAUGCUUCAUACAGAUUUCAAGAUCAAGGACUUGGGGGAGAUGAGAUACUUCCUUGGUCUUGAAAUUGCAAGGAACAAGGAUGGUAUUAUGGAUACACAUGAAGAUGUGGCUCUUAGUGAUCCUACACGCAAUCAGAAACUAGUUGGUAAACUACUGUACCUCACCAUGACAAGGCCAGACAUUAGUUACGCAGUGCAGAAUCUUAGCCAAUUUAUGCACAAGCCUAAGAAGUCACACAUGGAGGGUGCAUUGAGAGUAAUCAAGUACUUGAAGAAUGCACCAGGAUUUGGAGUUAUGCUGACAUCAAAGGUAUCUAAACAACUUUCAGUUUAUUGUGAUGUUGACUGGGCAACAAGUCCUAUGACAAGGAGAUUUGUAAGUGGUUUUGUUGUAUAA